UUCCUGCGGGAGGACGGCCCCGAGGCGGCGGAGAGCCGGCGGUGGCUGGAAAGCUUCCUGCGGGACAUCCCGUCGGAGCUGGAGAAGUUCAGCGCCAUUAAGGUGACUUACUUUACCUCACUGUCCAGACAACAGGAGUUUGAAGGAAAUACCAAGAGCGUGAUCCCACUCUUCUCCAUAACGUAUUUCUUGACAAUAACGUUUUCAAUCGUCUCUUGCCUAAGACUGAGCUGUGUAAGAAAUAAUGUCUGGCUUGCAUGCUGUGGUGUUGUUUCUGCUGGUUUAGCUGUAUUAAGCAGCUUUGGAUUGAUGCUCUUCUGUGGGGUCACGGUAGCAAAUGCACCAUUUCUUAUUCUGGGAGUUGGUGUUGAUGACAUGUUCAUCAUGAUUGCUUGCUGGGAACAAAGUUCAGGGAAAAAAGAGAAAUCCAAUGUUAAAUCUCGGCUGGCUGAGACUUACUCAGAAGCAGCACUUUCUGUGACCAUCACCACUCUCACAGAUGUUUUGGCCUUCUUCAUUGGCACCUGGACUGCUUUUCCAUCUGUGAGAUCAUUUUGCCUCUAUACAGGCACCGCUUUUGUCUUCUGCUAUAUAUAUACCCUGACCUUCUUUGGGGCAAUUAUUGUAUUAAAUCAUAAAAGGGAGCAAGGAAACCGACACUGGCUAACUUGUAUGCCUGUGGGAGUAGAUGAAGGUCAGGCUGAGAAGUCCUGCUUGUACAACGCUUGCUGUAUUGGCAACUGUUCUGGGGAGUCAUCUCAGCCAGAAAGUGAACAUCCAAUGAGCACAUUCUUUAAAAAGUAUUAUGGUCCUUUUUUUACAAAUAAAUGGAUCAAGGUACUUGUGGUGUUGCUGUAUGGAGCAUACUUGGGUGGCAGUAUUUAUGGAUGUACUCAGAUCAGGGAAGGCAUCGAUCUUCGAAAUCUGGCAACUGAUGACUCUUAUGUCAUUCCAUACUACAACGACGACAAAUACUUCUCAACAUAUGGACCCAGGGUCAUGGUUGUCAUUACUGAAAGUGUAGAUUACUGGAAUGAGACUGUUCGUCUUGUCAUUGAGAACUGCACACAGAAUUUAGAGAGCAUUUCUUACGUCGAUAAGAACCUGUCAGAGUCAUGGUUGACGGUAUACACAAAUCUUGCCAAAAUUGGUUUGAUAAAUAUAAGCAAUAAGACUCUUUUCAUUAAUAACCUACCUAAACUGUUCCGAAUCGUUCCCAGUUUUGAGUGGGACAUUAACAAGACUGGGGAUACAAUAGAAGCAUCACGUUUCUUCAUCCAGACAGUGAAUGUGACCUCAGCCAUUGAUGAGAAGAAUCUUCUCAAUCAGCUAAGAGAGACAGCCGAGCAGUGCACCAUUCCAUUAAUGGUGUAUCACCCAGCGUUCAUCUACUACGAUCAGUACCUGGUAAUAGUGCAGAACACCAUUCAGAACGUCGUCGUUGCUGCUGGAGCAAUGCUUGUCAUCUCCCUUUUGCUGAUUCCCAACCCGUUGUGUUGCUUGUGGGUGACCUUCGCUAUAACUUCCGUUAUCGUUGGUGUUGCUGGUUUCAUGACAUUUUGGAAAAUCAGUCUAGAUUGCAUAUCCAUGAUCAGCCUGGUCAUUUGCAUAGGGUUUUCAGUAGAUUUUUCUGCUCAUAUUUCCUAUGCCUUUGUUACGAGUGGAGAGUCAUCAGCCAAUAAAAGGGCAAUCGAAGCUCUGUCCCUGAUGGGUUAUCCAGUGUUACAAGGUGCAGUUUCUACUAUAUUAGGAGUAGUUGUCCUGGCUGCAGCAAAAGCCUACAUCUUUAGGACAUUUUUCAAGAUCAUGUUCCUUGUUAUUUUGUUUGGGGCUCUUCACGGCCUUGUUUUUAUUCCAGUGUUUUUAACCUUUUUUGGAAACUUUGGCGGAUCACCCCACAGUACCAAACCUAAAAUACUAGAGCACAGGUUUAGAAACGAUAAAGACUGUCCAUGA